GUGUGCAAUAAACAUUCUAACCGAGGUAUGACCGAGAUCAGCGAGUCGUGUCAUUUCCAGCCAAUCACCAGUCCGAGAAUUUACUGAGUUAAUUAUAUUACAGGCUAAAUGAUACGUGAAUUGUUUAUAUAUCUUUGUGUUAAAUUGAGUGGUUGAACAGUUGUAAGCCCGAUGUCAACAAAGCUAACCACGUGUUAGAAAACCGACCAAGCGUGGAUAACCUCGUUUUGCAUGUCAACGUGUUCGAUAAUGAUAUUCAAGAUGGAGGCGUCUUAACUAGGUUUUGGAGUAAGAAGUACAGCUGUGCCCAUGAGCAGUGUGGCAGUCGUUCAGCCUGUGAAGUAAGGGGACAAUGUCCGGUCGUGUUGGGGGCGGCAGACAAAUGUUCUCAAUUGAGCAGAUUGAGUUGAUACGGCGUCUGAGAAACAGUGGUAUUACCAAGGAGGAGGUUGCUCAGGCCUUCGAUUCAUUUGACCGUUUAGACAAUGAGUUAGGACUUCUUUAUAGUGUCCCAGUGUCACUAUCAACCCAGCCAGCUGUCCGUAACCCUGUCCAGUCCUCCCAUCCUCGUGCACUGGUGUCUGGUGUAUCCAGGACAACCCACUCAGGCCAGGGAGAUCAUGCUUCAUCAACACAGACAAAUAAUGUCCCUGCAUCACAGCCACACAGUGUACCUGGGUACAGGCCCCAGCAAUCUAAUCAUGUGUUCCCGGUGUCAAUGACUACAAAUCCCUGCACACAUUCUCAACCAGCUUUUCCUGAACGACUGGUAGCUAAGAGACCACGCACUGAAACCAUAGAUUUAGUGGAUGAUAUAGACGUACCAAUCACUUGCGUUAUUGAUGAGGAUAAUAGCAACACCAGCUCAGCAUCUGUAUCAAAUAUCUCGGAGGAAAUCGCUACUGAGCUUCGAGAAUUUUUGAAGCAAGGUAUCCAAAAAGCUGGAGAUGAGGUUCGGUGGUUUGUUAGCCAAUACAACAUACAGCUUGGACAGAUCGCAACUAUGACAGGCCAGACAUUUGCCACUGCCACCCAGUUUUUACAGGGAGAAUACAAUGGCAUUCCUCAGCACUGUAUGCAGAGUAUUUUCACCUGGUAUCUUGCCUACAAGAAAACUGUGACCACUCCUCCUCCUCUACCACCCUCAACCUCUCCAGGAAGCACGCAGCCAGGUGCCUUGCCCAUGAUUAAUCAGAAAGUAAAACUGCCGGACGGUCAGGAAAUCUUCAUCCCCCAUCAGCGAAGAGAGCGCUUUACCUUUCGAGAGAAACACCUGGAGGUGCUGGAAACCUGCUUCAAUGAGAAUGCCUAUCCCUCUCAUGAACAACGUGAGGCAAUCUCUCACAUGUGCAAUAUGGCUGUCAGCAAUAUGGGAAACCGCUCCCUACACGACAGAGAGAAGGUCACUCCACACAUGGUGCUAAACUGGUUUGCGAAUCGCAGGAAGGAAGUGAAGAAGAUAGCAAGAGAAGAGGGAAUCCCAGAAUCCGAGGUGGUCUUGCCCAGCAAAGUUAACAAACGUCCUAUCACCUUUGACAUUUCUAUGGACAAUGUGACAUUAUCCCCUCUGGAACAAAGCCAGUCAGAACAAGGUCAGAUUGACCAGAGUGACCAAAUUGAUGAACCUGAUGACAGAACUUCGCCUUCCAUCAAAAGUGAACCAGGCUGACCAUUUCAUUCCUUCAGCUUAUCAUCUGCCAAAAUGAGAAAUCUUAUAAAAUUCUCAUCGAAAAUGUGGGUUAAUAACAAGGGCAUACGCAGUCAUCUUUGCUCCCAAUUCUUACAAAAAGUUGAUGUUAAUGUGAACUAUAUUAUUUUUAUAACAAUUAGCCUACAGAACAAGUUAUAUCAACUUAUAUUAAUCUUGCUUGUUGUCCCGGAAUGAAGUGUGUGAGGGGGCUUCCUGUGAGAGGAAACCGGAGUUCCCGGAGAAACCCACGUGGUCAGGCACCCCGUACCUUUUCACUUCCAAUCAGGAAAUAGAGCCUGGCCAUCUAGGUGAAAGGCAUGUGUGUUACCACUGCUCCACCCCAAGAGUUGAGGAUUCUUGUUAUUUCUAAAAUGGAAGUGUUCAGACAAUCUUCAAGUACAUCAAUUUUCUAAAUAAAAACUCCUAGAGAAUGUAUAGUUGGGAACGUAAGUGAUAUCUAGUCUAAACAUGCAGAUCUUGUCAUUUUGACCGUGUUUCAGUUUUAAAUUCCAUUGAUAUAUGAUAACCUAAUGUGCCAAACCAGGCAGGUAUGCAUUACCCCUCUGGAGGGCAAAGUGGUGAAUUUGUUGUUUUGUCCAUUGCCGACAUUUAAUAAACUUGAUUAGAUAACAUCUUUGAAUGGAGUAUGUACGGCAAAGUCUGUUGUCAGCAUUUGUAAAAUCCCAUCAGGAUAGAGAGAAUCAGUAUUUGAAUUAUAGUCCUCCAUUUUAUAUACAUUAUACAUGUAUUUCCCUUUUCCACCUGUAAAUGAGCGAGUGUAUUCGUGUAUUCAACAGAAAAUGUAUACAUCUUAUAAAACAGCAAGUAUACAAGGGAAUUGGGAUAUAAAAUUCUUUCUUUCCUCAGGGGAUGAAAAUAUUUUACUUCAAGUAUUCAUAUCUUUUGUAAACGAAUGCAAAGGUGUAUGUAUAAUUCUAUCUUAGAGCUGUUCCAGGAAAACUUGUAGGGGGAGGGGGGCACUUUGAAAUUCACCUAUAGAAAUGAUUUAAAAUUUUGAGGACCCCUUCAUACAACAGAAUUUUACUUCAAACUCCACCAGCCCAUGGUGUGCUUUUCAUUUGAACACACCCGCCACAUGGAAUUAAAGUGCCUUCCUCCGUCCUAUAUACGUUUUCUUGGAACAGCCUUAGCCGGUAGGUUACUAUUUCAGUGUUUUUGUAAUUAAUCUGUGAAUAUGUUGUCAAAUUAAAUAGUACAGUAAAUGCAUGCCAGUUGAUAAUAGAAUUUGUUUAGAUCCUUUACAUUGUUCUAAUUGGAUGUUUUUAUAUGAAUCACAAUAAAUUUCUAAGAUAUUGA